UGCAGCCAUCAUCAUUGAUGUAAUGGAAAAUAUUCAGUCUAUUGAUGCAUCGAUUUCCUCUUUUCAUGUCUGAUCAGACAACGCAGGCUGCUAUAAGUCAACAGAGAUGAUGGCCCUCCUUAAGUCAUAUGGAAAGGUCAGUUCCUUCAAUUUCUGUGAGGCACAGAAUGGGAAAGGGACGUGUGAUAGGACUGGAGCAACUUUAAAGGCAGCUAUCCGCCGCUUUGUGAAUCAGGGACAUGAUGUGCUCACAGCACAUUCAAUGAAAGAGGCAAUUGAGAAAACAGCAAAGAAUGUGAAGUACAGGGUUAGUGUUUCAGAAAUUGCUUCACAGAAGACUUCCUUCAAGCCCAUACCUGCCAUCAGCUCUUAUUCCAACUUUGCAUUUGAGGAAAGGGGCAUACGCGUUUGGAAAGCAUAUGGUAUUGGCUCAGGUUUAUUAGUCCCAAAUGCUGUCAUUCCAAGAAUUAAAUUCCAGCCACUAACAAUUUUAGAGAAACCAGAAGACAUAGGUUUUCAUAUUGUUACAAAAGCCAACACAACUCCAGAAGCAGAAAAGACCUUUCAAUGUACAAAUGAGGGAUGUGUCAAAGCUUUUGGUUCAACUGAGGAUUUGUCCAACCACCUCCUAAUUGAAAAAUGUAACCUUGAAUUUGAACUGAGUUCCAGCUCCACAUCUGAUAUUACCAAAACAAAAUAUGUCAAGAAAAUAUCCAGUUCUGAACAUCUAAAUUUGAAACUAUCUUUGACUGCAGACACAGAAAUACGAGCCACAGAGAGUGAUUUAACUAUAGGAUGGGCUCUGAAAGAAGAGAGAUGUUCAAAGAGAUUUAAUGAAAAUCAGAGAGAAUAUUUGGUCGAAAAAUUCAAUGCUGGACUACAAACUGGAAAAAAGGAGGACCCCUUUCUACUUUCUGAAUCUAUGAUGUAUGAAAGAAGGGCAGAUGGUACAAGGCGUUUUUCGUAUGAAGAGAUUCUGUCUGUGCAGCAAAUAACCUCCUUCUUCUCUAGAAUGAGCAAGAAAAACAAGAUGGCUGAAAAUGAUGACUGGGAAGCCAAGAAAGAAACAGAAAUAAGUAAAAUUAGGGUGAAGAUCAUUGAUGAAUAAUUCAUCGAACAAAAUAAGUUUUAUUGUUUUCAUCCUGGUAACUG